AUUGAUGGAUGGAUGGACAUUUAUGAGUUGCUGUAAAAUUUAGAGCCGUUAUCUUGUUCAACUCUGCCAGCGAACAAUAAAAUACUCUUCCACUAGAUGGCGGAGUAUACAUGAAUGUGUGCAAUCAACUUGUGGUACAGUAUCUUUUGUUUUUCUUUAUGGCGCCUCCUGUACUGUAUAUAGAGGUAAUGUAAAAAUGCGCCUUGGCUGGAUAAACGUCGGGACUAAAUUGUUGUAGAAUAAGCGACACUACACACAGCAAAUCCACGCACGUAGUUGCUUGAAACAGUCAAGCGGGAGCAUGCCUGCAGCUGUUCAUGCCACUCAGCAGCAAGAGGGAAGGGAGAGAGCUGUUUACGUUGAGAAGCACAUCCUUCAGUUACAGUCGCUGACAAGUAUUGCGCCGAUUGUUAGCCGAGCCAUGUCCAGGAAAAAGACGCUGAAGGGCAAAAGAACCUCCAAGAGUCCCAAAGGGUCGCCGAGCAGCGGGAGGACAGGGAAAGGUCUGGCCGCAGGUGCGUCGCCGACUUGCGGACUAGUUUACCCCAGCAGAGCGUCCAUCAGCAGCAGCGGGGAGUUCUACGACAUCGCUUUCAAGGUGAUGCUUGUGGGAGAUUCAGGUGUUGGAAAGACCUGUUUGCUGGUACGCUUCAAAGAUGGAGCCUUUCUAGCCGGAAGCUUCAUCUCGACCGUGGGCAUUGACUUCAGGAAUAAGGUGAUGAGCAUUGACGCCGUGAAGGUCAAACUGCAGAUUUGGGACACUGCCGGUCAGGAGCGAUUCCGUAGUGUCACACAUGCCUACUAUCGUGAUGCCCAUGCUCUACUUCUUCUCUAUGAUGUCACUAACAAAGCAUCAUUUGAUAACAUUCGGGCUUGGUUGACAGAGAUCCAUGAGUACACCCAGCAGGACGUAGUCAUCAUGCUGCUAGGCAACAAGGCCGACUCGACCCAUGACAGGGUGGUGAAACGAGAGGAGGGAGAGAAAUUGGCAAAGGAGUUUGGGGUGCCCUUCAUGGAGACCAGUGCCAGGUCUGGACUGAAUGUGGAGCUGGCCUUCACUGCUGUGGCCAAAGAGCUGAAGCACAGGACCAUGAAGGAGCCUGAUGAGCCAACGUUUCAGUUGCAGGAGUACGUCAACAAAGAAAUGAGGACUGCCGGGUGCUGCCACUCUUAGAUCGUGCAUGGGUGUGUGUGUGUGGUGUGUGUGUGUGUGUGUGUGUGUGAGUGUGUGUGUGUGUGUGUGCGCGCGCGCGUACGUGUGUAAAGGUAGGAGACAUAUGUACACUCCCAUUUAAUAUUCUGAAGUCUGUGUACCAGAGACUUCUUUUGUCAAAUAUUCCAACUUUUAUCUUCCUCUGCCACUGUGAGUGUAAAAGUGAGCCCUGUAUGCACAUGCAUGUACAGACACGGCCACUUGCACAGUUGUGUUGUGUGUGUUAGACCCACUCACCCCCACCCCGCCCACAGUGUCAUGAAUGUGCCCCGUGCUGUGAUGUGCACAUUUUCAAUCUUUUGUCAACUGAAGCGUUGUAGUUUGUAAAAGUCUUGUUGGAUGAUAAAUGUUGAUGAUUUGAAUAUUCAAUCACAUGAGAAAAACAAAAAAGAAAAACGUGAGACUAAAAACUAAAGAACACUUUCUACAGAUGUUUCAUUGUACCUAAUGCAAGCUGUUUUUGUAAUAACUGUUAAAAUGUAUACUGGUAUUUGUUACAGCGUGCGCUUAUCCCUGCUAAUGUGAUCAAUUACAAUACAUUAUAUAAUAUAUAUACAUUUUAAAUGUGAUUAUCUUCAAAUAAAUGUGUGUAUAUGUACAGUCUAAUACUCGUACAUUUAUUGUAAACUUGUAAUACACAAUAUUGUAUCUGAAUGGAAAUAUUGACAUUAAAGAACAAAGAGGUCAUUACUUGGUGUUCGUUUAUUGUAAACUUGUAAUACAUAUAUUGUGACUGAAUGGAAAUUUGAUUUACGUUAAUUAAAGACACUGAAGUAGCA